CACUAAUAAUCUCUCUCACACUCAGUCACUCGGCUUGCGUUCGUUACUUUCUCCUCUUCUCUUUCCCCUUCUGCCCUUUUCAUUCUUUCCUCACUCCUCACCUGCAUUUGCGUUUCCUCCUCCAUCCAUCCUCCGUUUGUUUCCUUGGAAAGGUAAAGAAAGGAAACAUUUUUCUUGCUUCUCCAGCCAAACAACGAAGAACCCAUCAAAACCCAGAGUCCAUCUUCGGCCGUUGAGGUACCCUCUUCGUUUCAUGAUUUCACUUUCCCUGCCUCUGUCUCUCUUCGUUGCUCGAUUUGAUUUAUACGGAUCCGCAAUUAGGGAAACGUUAGCCUAAUGUGAUCUGAAUUACGAUUUACGAACAGUCGCGGCACAGAUCCAGAGUGUGAAUCCUGACUCUAUAAAUCCUGCCUCCGCGAAAUUUGGAGCCCAUUCCAGACUAUUGAUCUUAUAUACUUUCUCUGCAGGUACAAAUGUGUGUAAGUUAGGCUCAUGAGAAUUGGAAGCAAUGGCGUUUAAUUGAGCUGCGGAGGGAAUUGGGGGGGAAGAGAAAAGGAUGUCUUCUUCGAGUAAGACUGAUAAGAAGGCGGCUGUGGACGCAGCCGCAUGGAUGUUCAAUGUGGUCACAUCAGUUGUAAUCAUCCUUGUGAACAAGGCAUUAAUGGCUACCUAUGGCUUCAGUUUUGCUACCACCUUAACUGGUAUGCAUUUUGCAACAACGACCUUGUUAACACUUGUACUUAGGUGGAUGAAGUAUAUUCAGCCAUCUCACCUGCCAGUAUCAGAGCUUCUUAAGUUCGUUCUGUUUGCAAACUUCUCUAUCGUUGGGAUGAACGUCAGUUUGAUGUGGAACUCAGUUGGAUUUUAUCAGAUUGCAAAAUUGACAAUGAUACCAGUUUCUUGCUUUCUGGAAGUAGUCUUAGACAACAUGCGAUAUUCAAGGGACACAAAGCUUAGCAUAGGAGUAGUUCUGCUUGGCGUUGGGGUGUGCACUGUGACAGACGUCAGUGUCAACUUCAAUGGAUUUUUAGCUGCAUUUGUUGCUGUUUGGAGCACUGCCCUGCAGCAAUAUUAUGUACAUUAUCUUCAGCGAAGGUAUUCUCUGAAUUCCUUCAACUUGUUGGGUCACACUGCUCCAGCACAAGCUGGUUCUCUACUUUUGGUUGGGCCCUUUCUGGACUAUUGGUUGACGACAAAAAGAGUUGACGCAUACCCUUAUUCCUUGACGUCUGUGUUGUUCAUAGUGCUAUCGUGCACCGUCGCCAUAGGAACGAACCUCAGCCAGUUCAUCUGCAUUGGGAGGUUCACCGCGGUUUCCUUCCAGGUCCUGGGUCAUAUGAAGACGAUCCUCGUGCUGGUCUUGGGCUUCGUCUUCUUCGGGAAAGACGACCUUAAUUUCCAUGUGAUUGUGGGCAUGAUCAUUGCUGUGGCCGGGAUGAUUUGGUACGGCAAUGCUUCAUCGAAGCCUGGGGGCAAAGAGCGUCUGAGUUCCCCGGCUAACAGCAGCACCAAGUUCCAGAAAUUGGAAACUGCUGAUGCUGAUGAUAAAGUUUAGACAUCACUAGAUAAAUUUAGAACAGAAGAGGAAGGAGGUAAAGAAAAAGGGAGAGGACAGGAUGAUUUUUAGACUGGCAUUUCAGAUGAAUUUUAGUUCUAAGUAUUGGAUGUUGAUUAUAUAGCUUCUUUUUUCUGUUUGGAUCAUAGUUAGGGUAAAGUAUGGUUCUAAAGGAGGAGAAAUACAAUGGAGGUAAAAAAGAAUUAUUUGUGACCAUGAUGUUCUCUCAAGAAAUUAAUUAUUGAUUU